AUGUUGCAGCUAGUUUCUCCGAAGAGGCGGUCUAGGUGGUCGGCCGCGCACUCUUCGCCCUAUGAAAUGGGAGGACCACCCGGAGCUCGCAGCGGGAAUAGGCGAAGAGCGUAUCCGCACAACUGGGAGCUUCGUGAUCCAGCACGCUACGGCGAUCGAUUUGUUGAAGAGCUGGAAAGCGAGGACGACGAUGGACAAGGCGUUACACUGGAUCCGAAUGUUCAUGCUUUGCGGGAUGCGCGUCAGCGAGGUUUUCGCGGCGAUGAAUUGUAUUUUGAUGGUUAUGAUUUGGGUCCGGAUAGAACAACUAGACGGGGAGUGUACGAUGAUGCGUAUUAUGAUGAUUGCAUUUCGGAAGAGGAGGAAUACCUACAGCAGCAAGGAUCACGAUAUCAGGCGCCGGUGAGGGACAAGCAGGAUUUGCUCUUGCAGACUGCAUUGGACAGGAUCGCUCGGGCGAAAGAGAAGGGUAAGACUAACGUGAACUUGUCGCGGGAGGAGAUGGAUGCUCUAAGCGCAGGGAGAGGCCAGCAGCUGGAGCCAUCGUCGAGUCUCGCGUCCCCACCAGUUACACCCGCAAAGCCCUCGAAGAUCAAGGCCAGCAGCAGGCAAAGCAGCACCGGCAGCCUGACUGGACAGAAGACACGUAAGAAGAGCACAUCUGGCUUUUUUGGAUCUCCGGCGAAAUCAACGUCGUCGAAGGCCAAGAUCCCGCGCAAGAACUCGAUAGAACACGCGCCGUCAUAUCCUUCGGCGCCGCCUGGCAUCAUGGUGCCAGGACCGGAUGGAAGGCCUGUCUGGACACCGAUUAGUUAUGGUCCACCGAGUCCGGAACUUCAACGUGCGCAGCCAGUUGGCUCAAGAUCUUCUUCCAAGCACAGUCGACGUGAGUCAACGCCACCGGAGCAGCUGCCACCGUUUGCGUCACGAUAUCCUGGCAUGCGACCAGAGUCGUCAGGCUCGAACCGCUCCAUGCCAGACGACGUCGACUGGUACCCGCCACCUUCACGGACGCGAUCGGCCUCGAACGCGCAGUACGGCCGACACCCUCCAUCAGACGAUUACGACAUGGCACCGCCAAUGCCUGCAGCGCAAGGGCGACGCAAUGUUAGUGGACCGCCUGAUGUGAGGUACGCCAACUUGCGACGCCAGCCGGCAAGUGGAAGUCCACUAGCACCACGAGCUCAACCUGCUGGCAGAGCAUCACCCGUUGCUGCGAGGAUGUCUUCUGGCUCUCACGGAAGUGCGCUUCGCAGGGUCGAGACAAGCAGUAGCGACAGCAGCGAAGGUGCAGGCGUUCAAGUCGACGUUGUGCCCGAAGACAAUGGAGGCUAUGCGGUGAGGCAAACCUCGGGCGCGUCGCCGCCUGUGGAAAGGACGUCUUCAGGAACUCCUACCAGAGGCGGUGCUGAGGCUCGAAGGAGGAAAAGUGGACGCAGGUAG